ACUACGGUUGCAAACAAAUAAACAGCAUCGAUCAUUUGGAACCAUGAAGCCUACAUUCCUUACCACCCUUUCUCUACUACUCUUUGCCUUAGCCACCUACUUUCCAUUAGCUUUUACUGAACAAGUGCGUGACUCAAAUGGAAACCCUAUUUUCUUUUCUAGUAGAUUCUAUGUUAAGCCAUCUAUAUUUGGAGCUGCUGGUGGUGGAGUAAAGCUUGGUGAAACAGGAAACUCAUCAUGUCCACUUACUGUACUUCAAGAUUAUUCUGAGGUCGUCAACGGUCUCCCGGUAAAAUUUAGCACUGACGCUGAAAUUUUUAUUGAUUUGAUAUCUACAGACACGUCAAGAGUGGAUAUUGUAUUUCCAGAAAAGCCAGAGUGUGCCGAAUCCUCGAAGUGGUUGCUGAUUGAAGAUGAUUUCCCUAGACCAUGGGUUGGUAUUGGUGGUAUUGAAGACUAUAUAGGUAAGCAUAUCAUAGAUGGUAAGUUUAAAAUCGUGAAACAUGGUUUUGGAUACAAACUUGUGUUUUGUCCUACAUUCACUGCUCCACCAGGUCUUUGUCAUGAUAUUGGGAGGUAUGAUGAUAAGAAUGGACGGCGUCUCAUUCUUACAGAAGAUGAUCCAUAUGAGGUUGUCUUUGAGCAUGUUGCCAUUGGAACUGAGAGAUCUGUUGUUUGAAUUAGAUGGCAAGCUAUUACUAUUGAAUAAUACGAAGUUAUGUAAUAUUAGCUCUAUAAAGGUUAUGCAUGCUAUAAGCCACCUAAAGAGCCUACUAUUAGGGUUUAAACGUGUAUUUAAUCCCUAAAAGAAUAAUGGAAAUUGUUGUUGUGUUUGUUUUAAAAUUA